AUGCUAGCAGCAGUAUUAUCAACUUUAACCGUCGUCGGCUUAAAAUCCUCGAGUGAAAGAAAACCAACAAUUGCAUUACCAGAUUGUGCAAGUCAUCAUUUGGAUACAGAUGGAGCUCAAAGACAGCAACAACGUUACCAUCAUGAAGUCAUGCUGACGAUGAAGGCAACAACAACUGCUUGUGGUCAUAGAAUGGGAAGUAGGAGGUGUCUAGGAAGAUAUUCUCCAAUACCAACCAGUUUGUUGGAUUGUACAUUGGGAUGUAGGGAUAUUGUGAUGGAGAUUAUGAAGUUUAUUAGUGAUGAGGAAUUACUUGAUCAUUUGAUGAGAUAUUUGGUGAGUUUUCCUGAUUUGGUAAAUGUGGAAAAUUGUCUUCCUAUUGUAAUGCAAAGAAGAGUUUGGUAUUGUAACAAUCAAUUGCACAUGGACUUUUUGAGUGAAUGUGUUCAAAAUGUUCCAACCAUGAACAAUACUGAACUAAUCUUGGGGUUUUCUCAAUUUCCACCACAAUUCUCUUCCUUCAUUGAAAAGUUCUGUUUCGUUCAUUUAAAUAACAUUUCAACUACAAAAAGACAAUUGAUUGAGUUGAUGAAUGCCACUACAAGCAAGAUCCAACGCUUAAAGUUUACAAAUUUUAAAUUCAAAGAUCCUGAAACUGAAUUACCAUCCACAAGAACUUUCAACAUUUCACCAAAUUUGAAAACGCUUUCGUUUAAUAUUGAUUGGUCAACCAUUUUCCAAUUUUGUAAAAAGAAUAGUGAAACUAGUACACUUCAAUUUUCAUCAUUAAAUUCAGAGUUAAAGAAAGAAAUUGAGAACCCAAUAGUUCUCUUUCCAACCAUUUGGAUUUAA